GCAACCAUUCCUUAACAUUUAUCUACUGAAAACUGGCUAGAACUGAAGAUGUUUCGCUUGCAUGAUUCAUGAAAAGCGAAUUGACUUUAUAGUUUUGGGCUGACUUGUUGAUGUUUCAUGAAAAAGUCAACUGGUAAGACUUAAAACUCUGGGCUUAAUUUAUAUGGCUUCAAGCAGUGGAUCUGGAGGAAAGUCUCCCAAAAAGCUUCGUGAAGUAGUCAAUUCAAGCAAGGUAGGAAAAGUAUCCAUACUUCGUGUUACUGACCGAGCCUUGAAUUGCUUUAAAAAAUUAAUAUUUUUUGUUGGCGUUUGCACUGAAGCUUAAAUAUGUUUAUGCUGUGGUAAAAGGAAAUAUUGAAUACAAUGCAAGGCUGAUCGGAAAGCUAAGAAUGGUCAAUAUAUCGCUUAUUUUUGUCCCGCCAGAGUGUCUUGGCAAGCGAAAGUAUUCAGAGCUUAUCAUAGUGGUUAACAUUAUAUUUCAGGUUUAAAUUUUUGAACCUACUAGCAGCUGUACUAGGUUGAGUCUCAGUUUCCUUUUGUCUUUUAGCCCUUAUUCAUAAAUAAUUAGGGUUAGGAGACAAAGGAAAUAGAGAUUCAACCUAGUUUAACAACUUUUAACCUGAAUUUAAUUUUGACCUGUAACAUUUUACACCAUAAAUGUUAAUUUUUCUGACACCUUUGUCCGGUUUAUGGGAGGGGUAGGACAGUAAAUAUGGGCUCAGAUAGUUGUUGGGGUUUGACAAAUUAAAGGUUGUUUAUCAAGUCAGAACUGGUCAGCCAGAUUAGUCAGCUUGUGAACAAAAUAAACUUUUUUUCAAGGUUUUUCGCUGAAAAUCCAACACUGUCGUGUGUAAGUUUCAGUUAGGAAUAUAAUGAUCAGGCCAGACAGUCUUUAUAGUGGAAUUCUCUUUUUGAGUGGACUGGCCUGGAAAACAUGCUUUCAAUGUUGCAAAUUUCAGUUUCAGCAAUUUUCAUGCUAACUGACUGAAAACCAGCCCAAAAAGGAGGCCUUCUUGGGCGGGGGUGGAGGUGGGUAUGGUGGGGUACAUAUAGUUCCUAGUCUGAAUUUUAAACCUGUCGUUUCACAUGUUGAGGAGGAAACCAUGCUGCUGUUGGUAUUUUACUAUUGUACUUUUCUUUGUUGCUGUCGCUGUUUCAACCCAUCUUUGUGUCAUUUUUUGCCAUUUCUGCUGUCCUGUGUUGCUGUUUCAAGGCCAUGUCACUUGUCCAAAUUUUAGCCUAACAGGGCCUCAAAAAGGACCUUGUACAAUACUAUAACUAAAUGAAUAAAAUAAUACUUACAAAUCAAGACUUACCGUUUGUUGAACUUUUCUUUUGUUUCAGUAUGAAUGUAUGGAUGUCCCUGAAGAAAUGAAAGCAAACUUGGAAAAACUAAGGGCGUUGUCAAAAGAUGAUUUAACAGAAAAUGGACUCUUGCGUUCCCGCAUUGAUCAGCAGUGUGAACUUAUUUGCAUUCUAAAGCAGCGUGCAGAUGAAUCUCUUAAAAGGUCCAUGACACUGGAAGGUGAAAACAGUGAAAUUAAAAAACACAGGGAUGAAAUAUUGACUGCUUUACACAAUGAGACAAGAAAGUACUCUGUUUUGGAGAAACGAUUUGUUGUUCUAAAUCAGAACCAUGAGGAACUCAUCAAAAUCAAAGAUGAUUACAAAAUAGAAAAUGGAAAGCUGCGAAUUGAAAAUGACCGCCUCAAAAAGGAAAAUGAAGACUUGUUUGGCAGCCUUGUGGCAGAACGUGACUUGCAGAUCAAGCAACUUAGAGAGGAAGUGAAAACCUUCCAAGAGAAAUAUCAAGUUGCUACGACAAAAGAAAGGUUGGUAGGCAGUAACAGCCACAUAAAUGUGGCAGGGAAUAGAAAAUAAUUUAUCAAACAAUCUACAGUCAAAGCUCUCCUUGCGACCACUCUAGUAAGUGACCAGCUCUAGUUAUGACCACCUUUGUGAAACCGAACUGUGACUUAAACUUUGUAAUGAAAAGCUCUUGUAAGCGACCGCACUAGUUGGUGACUGUGACCACUUUUAGGGUUACCCAACUGGAAUUUUCCUAUGUUUGUAAGUUCUUGUAAGUGACCACUCAGAGUCUCAUUCAUACAAACCAACACUUGAAUGACACUGCACUAAUGGUUCAUUGAUAAAGAUCUUGGGGUUAUUUUGGUCUAACAAAUUAGACGUAAAAUUUAGCCGUGUCUAUAUUUGCUUAAGACACUGACAGUAAACAUUACUUUCUUUUGUUUGUCUUUAUGAAUUAUUGGUUUAAAAAAAAUAAUAUGACUCUAUGGGGUAGUUCGCAUGCAUGAGUCUGUGAUGUAGGUCAGUGAAUGCCCAUUUUGACAGCUGUUAAUAAAUUGAAUUGAUAUGCCCCAGGUUGAAUAUAUAGAUCUAAGUUAUUGACAAAUGUCACAUUUUGCUCUCGCAAAAUUGAAUUAAACUUAACUAUGAGGCUUACAUUAUUUUUUUUUGUCUUUGCCAUUUUAUUUGUUUGUUUGUUUGUUGUUUAAUUGCCCUCUGCAACUUUGAUUUUCCUUGAUUGUUUAGAGCCUCAGUACUGGGAAAAAUGCAUGUGCUUAUUUUUCUUACAAUUACUCCUAUUUUCAUCACUUUCACUGAGUUAAAAUCAGAAUGUCAUUCAUGACAGAAAGAAUUCUUUUGUCUGUUAGUCAAGAAUCAGGGGUGGAUCUAGGGGGAGGGUGUAGGGGGUGCGCACCCCCCCCCCCCCUAAUGAGAUGACCUGCGGUUUUUUAAUACAACUGGUUUUUUGCCAAAAAAAAACUAGGUGGUUUAUUGGUGUUGAAGUCGAGCAAGAGACGAGUGCACCCCCUCCUAAAAAAAAUCCUGGAUCCGCCCCUGAGAAUAAGCUUUAUUAAGUUCAUUAAUAGAUGAUGUAUGUCUCCUCUAAUUAGGGUGGCUCUGGAACAUCUCUCGUCUCUUGAGAAGAAGUACCAUGAGCAGGCUAAUAAGCUUCAGAAAGAAAUUGCAAAUUUGCAGAAAAAUGCAGAAGGUUAGUUAUAAAUUAACAUGAUUGUCACCAUACUGGUUUAUUGGUUUAAUUUCCACAACCUUUGUCUUACCGUUUUGCCCAUGACUGUGUACAUCUGGGUGGAGAGCAUAACCUAGUGGAGUAAAGUUUCUUGCUUAGCAAAACAAUGUGACAGCAAAAUAGCUCAGUGGGUAAAUCUCUUGACUGCAAAGCGGGAUGUCAUGGGUCCGAUUUUCAGAGCUGAACCAAUACUGGGUGUUAAAGUUGAUGUUACACAAGACAAUUCGCAACAACGAUUUUUAGCGCAACACAGUGUUGCAUCAUUGUUGUUACGUUGUUUCAAAUUGUUACAACAUUGUUCCAACAUUGCAACGCUGUAUUGCGCUAAAAAUCGUCCUCUGCUAAUUGUCCUGUGUAACAUGACCUUAAAUUGAAUAACUGAGAAAUGAAGGUACUGCCUUUGCCCUACAAAUGGCUAGUCCUUUCCAGAUCUGGGUAGUGACAUGUCAUCAGUAUGGAAUUUCUGUACUCGUUUCUCAAACAUCAUUUUGUGGGGAAACAAGGUGUGGCGUCGCAAAAUGUCAGCUGUUUUGUCUGACGAGACCGUCUUUCACAUGGCUCAUAUGAUCAUGUAAAACGGCAGUCCUGUCUCCAGUAGUAAACAUAAAAAUAGUAUCCUCAAUUAGUACUUUUGUGCUAAAUACAUUGACAGUUAAAUAUAAUUUGUUUUUUUAUUACAUUUUCUCUAACAAUAUUGCGCUAAAACAUUUUGCUCAUUACCCAGCACUAUUGGUCAUCUCGUCACUUUUUAAAUUCUCAAUGCUAUCGCAUUUUAGUUGGGCACUUAACUAACCUUUGUAAGAUGGUAAUUGCAUCAAAGUAUUAGACACUCAAGUAAAGUGUAUUUUCCCCUUUUUUUUUCUAAACCCGGACCUACAGAUCCAAACUUCAAGGCACAAACUGUUCAGCCACCAUGCUUCCUUAUCAAGCAUGUAAAAAUAUGGAUGUUUAAAAAAUAAGAACCUGUAAAACUUAAGCCUCCCGCACAAACAUUCUUUUGGCUUGUCACGCAAUCCAACGCAUUACAAAGCCUAAGGACGUCUGCAUGGGAGCAUGGUAACCUGGGACCAGCUCUGCAGUUUAACGCUUUUUUAUGCUGCUUCACUCCGUUUUUCUGCCCACAGCAGAAACUGGUCCAAUGUUAGGAGGCUAGCAAAAACUUCAGAGUUACAUGGUACUCAUUUAGUUCCGUGUUCGAAAAUGCUGACAAUUAAGAGGAGUGUUUUUGUCCCUGUGCUUGAAAGUAUGAACAUACGAAUGAUUUAUUUGUUACGUUUUACUCACAGAGCAGCAUAAGCAAGCAGAAGAGAAGUACAGAAUGUCUGCUUCUGAAAAAGAAGAAAAUAAAGCCAAAGAACUGGCACUGAAGAAGGAAAGAGAUGAGUUUGCAGCUCUUGCAUUGGAAAGGGGAAAAGCUCUUGAAGUAAGUCAAGUCAGUUGUUAUGCUUUUGAAAAGAAGCAGCACUUUGAUGCAUAAGACUGUAUGGUGUGCGCUAAUGAUGUUAUUAGCUAAUACUAUUAAUGGAAAAUUUCGCCUCCUUUGCAGGCUAGGAAAAAAUACUUAGAACUCUGUAUUAACUCAAUAAUGCACCAGUAAAAAAGAAUAUUUUUACUUCUUUUAUGAAUUUUCCAGUGACUUGGUUAUAGUUUCAGUUUAUUUGAUUGCCAGCAAAAAAAGAACAGUCAUUCAAUACAUUGCAAAAAUAAUAGUUAAACCGUAUGGGCUUAUUACUGUGAUCUUCCUCUCUAGCCUAAGACUACAAGGGACACAGGUAGGCUACUGUUUUGAGUGAUGAUUUAUGAACACAAGAGUGGUGCUAAGAGAAGAGACAAGAGAGCGCUGCCUUCUAAUUCUGAAUCUCGAGUAUACUCUUAUUACUCCAAUAUGUGAGCGGAACAAGUUUCUGUUUCAGUCAGCUUUAAAAGCGCAAUGAUUUGCCCUCGCUCUGGACACGUGCUAAAUUUGCGUGGUCCCUGUACGGCGUUUUCCCAGUCCCUCUCGGUCAAUUCGUUUCGGUGACGUAUCCGAGGCGAACGGGAGGGAAACAUUUUCUCACAUUUUCGCAUGGACCACGUGACCCGAAACGCUUUGGCCGCGAGGAAAAAUGAGGCCUAGGGACUAGGCAAGUGCUAAAUGAGAAUCCAUUCAAUCACAGGACGCUCAUUUUUACAAAUAUCUGUAAAACUGUUUAUGUUCUACAUACGUUGCAGGAAAAGCAAAGAGAACUCAAAGAACUUUGUCGUAAACUAGAAGAAGCUGAAAAAUCUCUUAAAGAAACGGAGGAUAAAUUUGUGUAAGUGCUAUUAUUCUGGGUUGUGGCGAAAAUUAUGUUAAGGAGGACAAAAAAAGAAGCAAUGAAAUAUCUGUUGCCCCUAUGUAGCUACAGAACAAGAUAACCAAGAAAUAUGUAACAAUCAAGGUUUGCGGAGAAAUAUUUUAUUAAUUUUUUGAUAUUCUUCUAACUGAAGAUAAAUUAUGGUUUCUACAAAGUUUUAAAAACAACCCAAAUUUUACCAAAAAUCUUUGAAAAGUUCUUUGUAGUAAAGGUCCCAUAAGGCUCUUGAUAAAAUUUGUUAAAUAUAUGUGUGAUCGAAAAAUCGAAGCGACUUUCCCCUUUCUCUCUUUUCCGUUCCAUUACUUCUCGCCUACAAUCCGCGCUCGUUCCCGUCAUCCUUCACCCGCACUUCUCUCUCGUCUCCAUCAACCCUCUUUAAAAUCAGUGCGCCCCGCCAAGCCCUGGCUAACUGCUGUGGAGAGGGCAGAGAAUAAUGUAGUAGAGUAACUUUUCGAAACUUCUCGGUAUUUCUUUUCUCCAUAGGUGGUGCUGAAACCGGGCAUAGAAAGUAAUCCUUGUUAGCCUGCGAAGCAUGGCGGUUUUGUCAGGCGCAUUGCUGAACAGGAAAGCCGCGAGAAAAAUAAAAACCGCUUCCCCUUGCCCACAUUAAUUUGUUUGCGCGCUCGACAAAACAGCCAUGUUACGCAGGAUAAUCCUUGUUUGUUUGUUUGACACCGUGUCAUCUUUCAAUUUCUGCAGGUCUGAACUUCAAAACAUGUCAGUAAAUGCUCAGGUUUUAAGAUUAAAGAAGCAAUUAGAAGAUGCUGAGCGAAAACAAAAAGAAAGUGAAAAGGUACUUUUACAUUUAGUGACUUACAGUACCAAAGUGGACACUUUGACAAGGAAAAGUGCCACAGGUCUACUUCACAGGGGAUACAAUCCAGCGCGAAGAAACUGUGUGUCCUUGCUCGACUAGAUAACGUCUGUUAUGCAGGCUUUAUACUGCUCUCAGUAAGCUUUAUUUGAAUAAUCACAGUCGCUGAAAUAGGGUUUCAUCCCGCACUCGAAAGACUCAAAGCUUGGAGCCUCCUUCUACAGUAUAGGCUAACAGCACUACACGAAAGUACUGCUCAGUAGCUUUUUAUUGAAUGAUAACAGUUCAGGAUUUUAUAAACAGACUCGAGAGUUCUACAGCAUUAUUUAAGCAAUAGAAAACGUUUUCCGUUUUUGCAUAGCCUGAUGUAAACACGAGAGGGGUUGGGAGAAUUCGAGACAGUUAUGCAAACCCGAGACGAAGUCGAGGGUUUGCAUAACCGUCGAGAAUUCUCCCAACGCCUCGAGUGUUUAUAUCAGGCUAUGCAAACACAGGAAAAAAGUUUUCUAUUGCUUUUAGAAAAUAACUUUCCCGAGAAAAAAAAAGCAAAACUCUUUGUAUGGCCCUGAUUAAAAGAGAAAUUCUCAGCAGUCGCAAAAUCUUGUCCACGAAGUCUUGCACGCGUAAUCAGUUCUUGUUUUGCAAAAAGAUGCUUUACAGAAUACGGAUUUUUCUCGCUUAAAAUGGCAGCUUAAGCGAAGAAAAAUUGACUCACCUUCUUUGUAACGAUUUUCCAUGUUUCAGCCGACGAAGGAAUGGGUAAAUAAAGUAAACUUGUCGAGUUUUGAACUCGAAAACUUUUUCAAAUUCGUGCUUGCGUGAGUAGCGCGCGAAAAGCCAAACAACUUGACGCCACAACCAUGUUUACAUACUCUCAUGCAAACACUCCUCUCGGCCAAUCAGAGCGCGCGUACUAUCUUAGUUAUUUUAUAAAACUGAACAGUACCACUAGACGGACGUAACUGCUUAGUAGCUGUCCAUUUAAAAUGGCUACACCAUAGCAUUUUGGCGACAUCCAAAGACAGCGAACUAUCUCGUAUUAUAAACAGUAGGUGGUACCAAGGACUUAAAAUGCCUUCAUCUAGCCUACUUAACAUUACCAUAGGGAAUUAAGUACUACUUAAUAACCUCUAUUCGAAUGCUCGCACUUUAGGAUUUUCUCCACAGACUCAAAAGUGGUUAGGCUGCGCGCAAGUUUCCUCUUGCUUGGCUAUCGUAAACUUUCAGCAAAGAGAUUUUGCGUCUAACAUGUAAUGAUGCCCCGCUGCUCGACUCUAAAGGAGCAUUGUAUAGUACGGAAUCAUACUUAUCCUCUGCGUUUUUUUUUUUUUUUUUUUUAACAGGAAUAUGAUGCUUACAAGAGGCACAUGUCGACCUUGCUGGGAAAAGAGAAAGAACUGAAUAAUAAACUCCGAAUUUUGAUUGGUUAA